GAACCGAAAGGAUAGGAUAGAUUGAACGAGGCUCAGGAGCGCAUGGCAUUGCCUUCGUCGGACGCUUCACACUUGCAGAUUCAUCUCUUCAAGGGGAUUUCAUCAUCUAAUUGAAUUCGUAUCGGCACCCCGGGAAUCCGAACAUGGAGGACAUGGACCUUGAUCUUGUAAUGGAGGUACCCGACACUCCAGAUAGAUUGUUAGGAAAGAAAAAUAUAGGCAGGGAAUUUCCUGACAAUGGAAAAGAUGUAUCAGUUGCUAGUCAGGUAGGAGCUUCUGAUGCUAUGGGUGAACAGUAUUUUGAUGGCCUAAGGGGCAGGAAUAGGCUGGUCAGGGGAAAUGGGCGCCAUAGGAAACUGCAAUUGCACCAGAGUAAGAGUUAUUGCAAUGGUGGGAUCAAGCAUCAAAACGAGAUUGUGGAUUUAUCAUCUCCAGAUAACAAUUCUUAUGGUUCAAAGAAUGUUUCUCUUUUUAGGAGAUCAUCAGUAGACAAUAACUCCAAGCAUGAGACCAAGAAUACCAUUGGAGGUCAGCAUCAUUUGGCUAAGGGAAAAGCUAUAUGUUCUAUAGUUCCUUCUCAAUCACUUGGAUGUACAAAAGAUGGUGCAUUUUUUGAUUUAACUGAACAGAAUGGAGACAGCCAACCUCUUGAAAUGGCUAUUCCACAUAGUAGACUGAGGAAUCUUUUAGCUGAAGAGAGAAGAGAAGAUCAAUUAUCCAAAAAUGGUGAUUCUUUUUUGCAUACUACCCUGAAUUCCUCAGGGAAACACAGCAACACCCACAAAGGGAAGGAGAAAAUGGAUGAUAACCACUGCGAAAAUGUUGGUUCUGUUUUGGGUAAGGGAAAGGCAAUUGAUCCUUCUGGUGGGUCUAAUGAAACUGAGAAAAAGAUGUCUGCAUCUAAUCAUUCUGUUGUGUUACCAGGAGUUGCUGGGAAAAGGAGAUUGGUCCGAAAUGGGUGCAUCUCCCCAGAGAAUAUAGUUGUUAGGACUAAACAAUUUGGUGAACACAUACAAAACAGCUUGGAAGAUGUUGAACAGAAUCAUAUAGAGAAUAUCGUUUCCAGUAGUCCAUCUAGAAUAAGCAUUGCUGACAUAAUUGCUGAAGAAAAUAACUACCGCAAAGGAAAAGGAGUAAUUGAUCCUCACACAUCCAUGGAGCACAACAUAAAUAUGAUCAAUUUAUCUAGCAGGUAGUUUCUUGUUCAAUUCUCAGAAAUUAAUAGAUUAGUUGAUGUCUUGGUCUUCUAUUUUCUUUUCCUGUAAACUAUUUAUUUUGUACACUUUUAAAGUGGGUAAAGCAUUUACUUUUCUCUUUUUUCUUUUUUUUUUUUUCUUUUUUCUUUUUAAAAGUUAUCAAAUUUUUUACUUUUGCAUGCAUAAAAGUCUAUAAAUCUCAAUUUUACUG